UCAAAAUAUCCUAUGUUUGUUUAUAGAACCAGCAAUACGGAAGUGGGCGCAAUAUAGUUACUCGUAGAAUACCUCUAUAAAAGAACAGCUAUAGCAGCUCGAUACACACAUUAUAUACCAGAUUAUUUUGCAAGCAAUAUAAUAAGAUGAAUUGGAAACUCAUACUCACUGUGCUCAUCGUCGGUGUAAUAGUUUCUUCUGAUGCCUGGGGUGGGAGACGUAGAAGAUGGCUGAGAAAAGUUGGUCGUAUUGUAAAACGUGUUGGGAGAACUAUUGUUAAAGGCGUGAAGAAAGUUGGACAUUUUAUCAACAAAGGUUGUACCGUUUACAACAAAGCGUACGCGUGUGUGACUGGUGACCAACUGAAACUAUUAGCAGAUAAACUAAAGAUGAUUGAAACGUCCAGCUCACCUAAAAAUGAUGAUGGUAUAAUGACAGCAGCCAAGUGGCUAAAUACCGGAUGCAAAGUGUACAGGAAAAUGCAUGGAGACAUGAUGCCCCAUCAACUUAGAGAGCUAAUGCAAUCGGAUUUCGAGGCUUACGAACGAAAUUUGAAACAAGCCGAAACUACGUUGGCGAAAGUUUUAAAAGCAGAUGAUGCAAGAGCAAUGGUGGAAAAUAUGGAUGCUCUGAUUGCUGAUAGUUCUGUCGAUCUUGGGGAAGACGAAGUUGAAGACGGUAACAGCCUUUCGGUUGACGCUGAGCUUUCUCAAGAAAACUUGGUUGACGCUGAGCUUUCUCAUCAAGAUGAAACUGAUCUGAUGGAAGAAUUGCUGAAAGAGUAAUUGCCAUGUUCAAUGCACAAUGAGUAUUAUUCAUACAUUCAAUAAAUACAACCACCCUCCUA